GCGAAAGCUACCAGCUUUGAAACAUGUUAUUCUCUUUUUCGCACAGAGCGCUUCCAAUGAGCUAAGUCAAGUUGAUUCAGAUGGUUCAACAGACAAUAGACUCAAAAUUCAGUGAAUAUGGGAUGGCAAAUACCGAAAAUGACUUUCCUACUCAUGAUAAGCAAUUGCCUGGUGCUGCAAAGAAGAUGGCAUUGAGAGAUUUGCAGAAUGAUAAUAGAAUUAUGGUGCCCAACUCUACUGGAAACUCUCCACUUUUGAAGGAUAGAGGUCCAAUUAUUGAUGCCAUUAAAGUUUCUGGUGCCAAGAGGCCCUCACUUGAGUGCCCUGUGAGCCCCCCUCACCACCAAUCUCCUUGCAGCAAUGCUGCAAAUGGGCAUCUUGUCUAUGUCCGUAGAAAAUCUGAAGCAGAAUUAGGCAAGAGCGGCACUGGUGAUAGCACAAGCAUUAAUGCUGAUUGCCUGCAGUCAAGGCAACUUGCUCAGGAGGAGACCACCCAACCCAAAUCCCAGGUGGAGGAGCCAAAGGUUUCUUGUUUUCCAGCAUUUGCACCUUUUCCGAUGGCAGCACCAAUAAGCUCGUCUGGAAAACCUUCAGUUCCUCAUUCUCUUGGAAAGCCUGGUAUGAGGUUAGCAGCAGCGGAAUCCAAUUAUCAUCCUGUUGCUUCUGCUGUCCCUUCGUUGAGUAAUCCAAAGGGAUUGAAAAAUCUACAGUGGGAAGAUCGAUAUCAUCAACUGCAGAUGUUAUUAAGAAAGGUGGAUCAAGCGGAUCAGGAGGAUUAUCUCCAGAUGCUUCGCACGCUCUCUCCAGUUGAACUCAGCAAACACGCUGUUGAGUUGGAAAAGAGAUCGAUUCAGCUUUCCCUGGAGGAAGCAAAAGAGUUGCAGCGGGUUGCUUCUCUGAAUGUCCUGGGAAAAUCUAUGAAGAAUUUUAAAGCACCCUCUACUCAUCAAGACCGGUUAGAGAAGAUGGGAUGAACGCCGUAGUGUUCAUUUCAUGGUGUGUUGGGCAAAAGAUGGUUUGCACACAACUGAGCUGACUUUUUUUUUUUUUUUUUUUUAAUUAAUUUAUUUCCCUGGCAUUUCUGCAGUAGUCAUCCUCCCCCUUGUUUCCACUUGUUUGAUUGGUAAUCACUGUAAUAUCUUGAUUGCCAUUGUAUUUAUUCAUGUCAAAUGCAAGUGAGAGAUGCUGUUGACAACAUGUGAAAACUUGUUACUGCAUCAACUGUUGAGGCAUUGCCUCUUUUCUGGUUGGCAGUAUCUCAUCAUCCUUAACUUUCUUCUUUUUUUUUUUGUAUAAA